AUGGGCUGCUCUUCGUCACUUUGUUUACUCACGCCUCGCACAUUGUUCGUCCUGCAUGGUCGCGGCUCCUCUUCAACAUCACAUGUUUGGGGCUGCGCGCCAUGGUCGCUGUGUCUCCACCGCGGCUCCUCUCCUGCGGACUCGCUGCCGCUCGUCUCCCCGUGGCCGCUGCGCUCGCGGCCAGGCUCCGCGCACCCUGCCGCUUCCAUACCGGGAACGGGACUUCUGUUUGCCUGCCGUCGUCUGCUGCCUCUGUCCACCCGUCUCCCUGCCUCCACUCACGCACGCUUCAACGACGGCGCACGCUUCAACGACGGCGCACGCUUCAACGACGGCGCACGCUUCAACGACGGCGCACGCUUCAACGACGGCGCACGCUUCAACGACGGCGCACGCUUCAACGACGGCGCACGCUUCAACGACGGCGCACGCUUCAACGACGGCGCACGCUUCAACAACGGCGCACGCUUCAACGACGGCGCACGCUUCAACGACGGCGCACGCCUUGAGGCAGCACGCUUUGAGGCAGCACGCUUCAACGACGCCGCACGCUUUGACGCAGCACGCUUCAUCGCAGCACACGUCGGUGGCCGCACGCUUCAUCGCCUGCAGAGGACAGAGGACAGUGGACAGUGGACAGAGGACAGUGGACAGUGGACAGAGGACAGUGGACAGUGGACAGAGGACAGUGGACAGAGGACAGAGGACAGAGGACAGUGGACAGUGGACAGUGGACAGAGGACAGUGGACAGUGGACAGAGGACAGUGGACAGAGGACAGAGGACAGAGGACAGUGGACAGAGGACAGAGGACAGAGGACAGUGGACAGUGGACAGAGGACAGAGGACAGAGGACAGUGGACAGAGGACAGAGGACAGAGGACAGUGGACAGUGGACAGUGGACAGUGGACAGAGGACAGUGGACAGUGGACAGUGGACAGAGGACAGUGGACAGAGGACAGUGGACAGAGGACAGAGGACAGAGGACAGAGGACAGUGGACAGAGGACAGUGGACAGUGGACAGAGGACAGAGGACAGAGGACAGUGGACAGUGGACAGUGGACAGAGGACAGUGGACAGAGGACAGUGGACAGUGGACAGAGGACAGUGGACAGAGGACAGAGGACAGAGGACAGUGGACAGUGGACAGUGGACAGAGGACAGUGGACAGUGGACAGAGGACAGUGGACAGUGGACAGAGGACAGUGGACAGAGGACAGAGGACAGAGGACAGUGGACAGAGGACAGAGGACAGAGGACAGUGGACAGUGGACAGAGGACAGAGGACAGAGGACAGUGGACAGAGGACAGAGGACAGAGGACAGUGGACAGUGGACAGAGGACAGAGGACAGUGGACAGUGGACAGAGGACAGUGGACAGAGGACAGUGGACAGAGGACAGAGGACAGAGGACAGAGGACAGUGGACAGAGGACAGUGGACAGAGGACAGUGGACAGAGGACAGAGGACAGAGGACAGUGUACAGUGGACAGUGGACAGAGGACAGUGGACAGAGGACAGUGGACAGUGGACAGAGGACAGUGGACAGAGGACAGAGGACAGAGGACAGUGGACAGUGGACAGUGGACAGAGGACAGUGGACAGUGGACAGUGGACAGAGGACAGUGGACAGUGGACAGAGGACAGUGGACAGAGGACAGAGGACAGAGGACAGUGGACAGAGGACAGAGGACAGAGGACAGUGGACAGUGGACAGAGGACAGAGGACAGAGGACAGAGGACAGAGGACAGUGGACAGUGGACAGUGGACAGUGGACAGAGGACAGUGGACAGUGGACAGUGGACAGAGGACAGUGGACAGAGGACAGUGGACAGAGGACAGAGGACAGAGGACAGUGGACAGAGGACAGUGGACAGAGGACAGUGGACAGAGGACAGAGGACAGAGGACAGUGGACAGUGGACAGUGGACAGAGGACAGUGGACAGAGGACAGUGGACAGUGGACAGAGGACAGUGGACAGAGGACAGAGGACAGAGGACAGUGGACAGUGGACAGUGGACAGAGGACAGUGGACAGUGGACAGAGGACAGUGGACAGAGGACAGAGGACAGAGGACAGUGGACAGAGGACAGAGGACAGUGGACAGUGGACAGAGGACAGAGGACAGAGGACAGUGGACAGAGGACAGAGGACAGUGGACAGUGGACAGAGGACAGUGGACAGAGGACAGUGGACAGUGGACAGAGGACAGUGGACAGAGGACAGUGGACAGUGGACAGAGGACAGAGGACAGAGGACAGAGGACAGUGGACAGAGGACAGUGGACAGAGGACAGUGGACAGUGGACAGAGGACAGUGGACAGAGGACAGAGGACAGUGGACAGUGGACAGAGGACAGAGGACAGAGGACAGUGGACAGUGGACAGAGGACAGAGGACAGUGGACAGAGGACAGUGGACAGAGGACAGUGGACAGAGGACAGAGGACAGAGGACAGUGGACAGAGGACAGAGGACAGAGGACAGUGGACAGUGGACAGAGGACAGUGGACAGUGGACAGAGGACAGUGGACAGUGGACAGAGGACAGUGGACAGAGGACAGUGGACAGAGGACAGAGGACAGAGGACAGUGGACAGUGGACAGAGGACAGAGGACAGAGGACAGUGGACAGAGGACAGAGGACAGAGGACAGUGGACAGAGGACAGAGGACAGAGGACAGUGGACAGUGGACAGAGGACAGUGGACAGAGGACAGUGGACAGUGGACAGAGGACAGUGGACAGAGGACAGUGGACAGUGGACAGAGGACAGAGGACAGAGGACAGAGGACAGUGGACAGAGGACACUGCACGCAGCGGUCCUGGCGCCCACGCAGCGGUCCUGGCGCCCACGCAGCGGUCCUGGCCCCCACGCAGCGGUCCUGGCCCCCACGCAGUGGUCCUGGCGCCCACGUCGCGGUCCUGGCCAACAACAUCCCUAGACUAG